AUGAAGUCCUUCUUAGCACUGGCCGUGGGCUUCUUCCUUUACAGCGUAACUGCUGUUUCAUCUGAAGCCAACAGUAGAGGAUCUCUUGAUAUUCCCCGCAGAAUCGUGAAGAGACUCAACACGGCGCAAAUCACAUAUUUUCCAGCGGCGAAACCAACGGGCACUGGAGUUCUUGUGUGUCCUGGUGGCGGCUACGCCAAUGUGGCUCUCGUAAAGGAGGGGUAUACCCCAGCGGCGUUCCUAAACAACCUAGGUAUCGAUGCAUGGGUUCUCGACUACACCACAGUCUCAAACGCAACUGCGCCCAUCUACCCGGCACCCCAGAUCGAAGCGCUUAACGCUCUGGAUUAUAUUCGCAAACAAAACCGCACCACCAAGCUCGGCAUCUGGGGCUUCUCGGCAGGCGGCCACCUAUCGGCAGUGACGCUCACUAACCCGGCGGCCCGCCUCGACUUUGGCAUCCUUGCCUACCCUGUCAUCACUCUUGAAGGGAACUACACCCAUAUAGGUUCGCGCAACAACCUUAUUGGUCCCAAUGCAACCGCCGAGAUGCAGCACAAGCUGUCGGCACAGAACCUCGUUUCCGCGACAACACCGCCCACCUUUUUGUUUCACACGUUCAACGAUGGCACUGUCCCUGUGCAGAACACGCUCCUCUUCGUUGAGGCGAUGGCGGCCUACAAGCGGCCGACACAGGUGCUGAUCCUUCCUGAUGGAUCCCAUGGACUGGGCUUGGCUCUCAACGAUCCUAAGCGCAGCUGGACACCUGAACUGGCGCGAUUCUUGCAGUAUUCUAUCUAA